CACAUUGAACUGCACUUCACUUACCAUUAUAAUAAUUUCCGCUGUGGGCUUCUGUUCCCGCAUGCAGAAUUCAUUCAUUCAUUCUUUCUCUGUUCUCUGCUGUUAUUCUCAGCAUUUAUUUCCUCAACUGCGCGUGCUUGCUUUGUGCCAUUAUUCUCCUGCUACUGCUGCAGUUUGUGUCUGUUUGGGCAAAUCGGCUGUUGUUUGAAAUAAGCGUGCCCAAAUUCAAUAACACACACCACACAACAUUUACUGUCAAAGUGCAUUUAGUUAUUCCCAAUACACAUUUGGCUCCGAAAAUACAAUUCCGUCUCAAUAACAUUGACCCGUUAUUCUAAAUCUCUCUCUCUCUCUCUUUCUCUUCAGUUUCAUUUGCUCUGUAAUUUCUUACCACUCAACGCCAUAGCCCAAAUUAACCUGUCCUAACUUGGGGCCUCCUUUUACUUCACUGCUCGUGAAGUCUCUUAGAAAUUUGCCCCGUGGGACUUGUUGAAGCUGCGGGUAGAAGUCUGUUCACGCUAGUAUUUAAUACCUUCUCCCUUCUCUCUUUGAUCGAAGUUGCUAGGAGAAUAAGAGAAGAAGACUUUGCCAGUUAGCUCUACUCGCUGGCUUCUAGUCCUUCAUAAAUCGCACCUCAGAUCAGAAUAACUCUGUAGUACCACUGUACCAUGCGUGCACCUCAACUAUUGUUUGCUUAGGGUUGUGUAGAAUAAACUAACACUCUUUCUUUUCUUAUUGCAUAUCAUUACAAUUGGGUCUUCCUCCCUUAUCUCUUUCACCUCCAGCAGCAGGUGCGACUCAAGCUCUGCAGUCAAAACACUAGUCAAUAAAAACCCAAUCAGUGGAGAAAUCGCAAUCAGGAAUUAACAAGGAACAAAAGACAGAGAUUAAGUCGGAGAAAGCAGCUGCUGUUAAUCGGAGCAAGGUGGAUUUAGCCACACGUAUUCACACGUGGUAUCAAAUAGCGACCAGAUUAGUGAAACACAAGCUUAAACCGCCAGCGAAACCAAAACCAUCCUGAAUUAAUCUAACUAUAACGUAAUUUGAAUGAUAGACGUGGAAGGAUUACAAAAUACGUAAACAGAAUAGCAGUUCAUCAACUGGCGCGAAGGAACGAGAGGAACCACGAACGGAAAAAAGACUUCAACGACAUAGAGACAAUUUGAAGAGUCCAAAGUAGUCAAAAACGGAAAAAGGAACAAAGGGUACAAACACAUCAAGAAAAACAAAAGUCAGAAAUAAGCUCUCAACUCGGCAGAGCAAUAAAACAUGUCGGCUGUUAUUUUGUCUGCAUCGAUUGCCAACCAUUCCCACCCUUCCUCUUCCUCGCCGGGCUCAGAGUUCCGACAUAGGGGGUCACAAGCGACAGCCACAGCAGGAAUCCGUCCGAUCAGCAAGAGCUCCGACUAUCAUUUCAUCAACUCCUUCGCACAACUCAUCGCCUCAGAGAGUCCCGCCUACUUUCAGGUUGUGAUGAAGAGUGCAGAGUAUGACGAGUACCUGUUCGACAGCCACAUGGAGCUCUAUGACGUCACUCCCCUGGCCCCCUUCACGUGGGCAGGGGUGGUGGAGCAGGCCAAGACACUCAACAUACCAGCUCUCUUCCUAGUCAACAGCGACAUCGGCAUUGACAAAAGUGUGAGCUAUUCGGUGGGAGGCGGCAGUUCGAGUGAGGGUCGCAGAUUGAGCAGUCCUUUGGGGCGGGGGCGGAGGCGGAGCUGUCACCUCUUCUUCAUCCUCUUUAUCCCCUCCAGUCUGUCCAGCAGGUGCUCCUACCUCAAGUCCACCAACAGGAACUACUACGCAGACAAUCUGUGGGACAACAACCUCCCCACCUCCUCACAAGCCAGGAGGUACAAACAGAUGCAGCUGAAACUGCUGCCAUUCAUCGAAGAGUACGACGUGGAGACGCUUCAGUUCACAGACAUCCCCAUGUUCGAAAAGUACCACAAACUACUCAGACAGUUCAACUACAAGUGGAGACUGCAGUACCAACAGCAGAGCAGCAUCUCCAUUUCAGCCCCCACCCACUCUCUUCUUCACACUUCCUUGUCAGCCUCAGUCUCCCAGCAGACCAACCCCUCCCAGGCCCAUUCACAUAACACUAGUAAUAACACAGGGGAAGAGGGCGAGGGGGGUGCGGGGGAAGAGGAGUCCCCCCGGUUGAACGGGGCCAAGGGGGAGAAGACAGGAAUGAGCGGUGUGGGACACAUUAGCAGUCGUGUGAUGGAACCGGUGACGAUUGAGAUCCAAGGCGAUCGCUGCUCAGUUGGAGGCGAUGACAGUGAGUUAUCAGCAGUGAAUGGGGGAGGGGGACGCAGGAGUGAGAUGAGCCCUCCUAGAAGCAAGGAAGGUGGGGAAGGGGGAGGGGGAGGGGUGCUGACUACUGCUGGCCAUACUAGUGGACAUUCCACGAAUAACUACAGCAGCACUACUGGCAGAAGCAGUUGCCAGCAGCAGCAGCAGCGGGAGGAUCUUCUGAGUGCCAACGACAAUGCACUGGAGGAGCACGAGAGGAGUUCACCCACUGACAUGACCAACACUCUCAGUGACCACGAGAAGGAGCCUUUGACCCCCAGUGGUGCAGAAGAGGAUGAGAAAAGGGGGGACGGCAGCUGUUGUCCCGAAGAGGAAGAGGAGGACGAGGAGGGCGAUGAUGAAGAUGAAGGGACAGAAGGCGAAGAGGAGGAAGGGGUCAAAUUAAUCAGAGGAGAGGGCAGGACAGAGGAGGAGGAGGAGGAGGAGACAGAUGCGGCCGAAGAGUUAGAAGACGACAGACAGAACAAGGCAGAAUCCUCCGAUCAUCGAGCCUCUUCCGAGGAGGACUCCCAGUUGCACUCCUAUGCAUAAACACUAUCCCCAUCCCCACCCCCACCCCAUCCCCGAACGACCCAACACGUCAUACCUUCAAAUUGUUCCUCACUUAUAACAAAGCUUCAUUACUCCGGGCUCAAAAAGAGCUGGUUUCUUUUUCCCGGAAUCGAAGACAUCAAAUUAGACAAGCUGAUAGAUAUGACUGGAGUCAUAUAGUCAAGGGAACUAAUGUUGCAUAUUUGGACGCACAAAUUUACCAUUUUUAUUGAAUUAGAGUUUACAUUUAAUUUAAUUGUUCACUGCGAUAAUUUAUU